AUGGGAGUCCCGUCCGAGAAACACGACCACCCGGUCCGCAGGGAUGAUCUGGAUAUUGAUGUGAAGAACGGGACCAUCCAAGAUGGAAAGGCAGAUGCAGCACUGGACUUUCUCCGCACUGGGGAUAAUCUCGAUGCGACGGAGGUUGAUGAGAAAACCCUCGUUCGCAAGAUUGACUGGAUGAUUAUGCCGCUCAUGUGGGCGGCAUAUAAUCUGCAGUACCUGGACAAAGUGCUCAUCAACUACGCAUCAGUUAUGGGAUUAUUGAGCGAUACUAAUAUGCGCACUAAUGAGUUCUCUGACUUGACCUUGGCCUUCUACGUGACAUACCUCGUCUUCGAACUACCCACUGGUUUUCUCAUGCAGCGAUUGCCAACAGCAAAAUACUUGGGAUUGAACGUCACCCUGUGGGGUCUGAUGACCACGUUGAACUGCACCGCGAAGAAUUUUGGAGGACUUAUGACCCUUCGGGUGCUUCUGGGAUGCUUUGAAAGUGCAAUUGCACCAGCACUCAUCCUCAUCACUUCCAUGUGGUACAAACGAACAGAACAACCCAAACGAAUGGGAACAUGGUAUCUAGGCACAGGAACCGCCUCAAUAAUGGGCGCACUGGUCGCCUACGGCCUCCUCUUCUACACAGACGACCAAUUCAACUCCUGGCAAAUAAUGUUCCUAAUCUUCGGCAUCAUAACCAUUGCCGUAGGAAUCUGCAUCAUAAUCUUUCUCCCAGACAACCCAAUGACAUCAAAACUCACCCACGCCGAAAAAGUCCUCGCCAUCGAACGCCUCCGCGAGAACCGCACCGGUAUCGAAAGCAAGCAUUUCAAAUGGCACCAAUUCGCCGAGGUAUUCCGCGAUCCGCAAACAUACCUGAUCGUCAUCAUCGUGGCUUCGAUGAAUAUCUCCAACGCAGCCGUGAGCAGCUUCACCUCCCUCAUAAUCAAGAAUAUCGGCUUCACGACGAAAGAAACCGAGCUCCUGAAUAUCCCCAAUGGAGCCGUGAGCAUCGUCAGUAUCGUGACGGCCUCGUAUUGCGCCUCGCGGUAUGACCAGCGCUGUCUCUGCGUCAUUGCUUCGCUGACUAUCGGUCUACUCGGCGGCUGUCUCCUCGCCUUCUCGCCAAAGGACAUGAAGGCAGCACAGCUAGCAGGUAACUACCUAACCCAAGUCAUCGGGUCUGCUUUGCCAAUACUUUACUCCCUCGCCGGCGCCAAUGCCGCCGGCCACACGAAGAAAGUCACCAUGAACGCCAUUCUCUUGAUGGCCUUUUGCCUGGGUAAUAUUCUCGGCCCGCUCACGUUCCGCACCAAGGACGAGCCGGAUUAUAUCCCUGCGAAGAUUGCGCUUGUUGUGACCGUGACGCUAGCUAUUAUCUUUGCGUUUAUGCUGCGCUUCUUUUAUGGGUGGGAGAAUCGGCGUCGAGAUGCGCGCCAUGAGGGUGAGGUACAUCAGGAGAAUUCGGAGUUUUGGGAUUUGACGGAUCGGGAGAAUCGGGAAUUUCGGUAUAAGCUUUGA